GUCAACUGUAACGCCAGUCAUUAACGUUCGGGGCGGGACGCUGCUGUGGCCUGGAGAGUCCUGUCAACACUGACGAGAGUAUCAGCUGCAUUUCUACCGGGUUUAAAACGAAACCAGGUUCUUCGGAUGUCCAAGUACAAACUGCUCUUGCUGAGGCAUGGAGAGGGGGCCUGGAACAAGGAGAACCGCUUCUGCAGCUGGGUGGACCAGAAGCUUAGUGAGGAUGGAGUGAAAGAAGCCCAGGAUUGUGGCAGGCUUCUGAAGGAGCAGGGCUACAAGUUUGACUUGGUGUUCACCUCCAUACUCAGCCGCUCCAUCCAGACAGCAUGGCUGGUGUUGGAGGCAAUGGGCCAGGAGUGGGUCCCAGUUGUAAAGUCCUGGAGGCUUAAUGAACGCCACUAUGGGGCCCUGAUCGGACUCAACAGGGCUGAAAUGGCUCUGCAGCAUGGAGAAGAAAAGGUCAAGCUGUGGAGAAGGAGCUAUGACAUCACUCCACCACUGAUUGAUGAAUCCCACCCUUACUAUUUGGAGAUCUACAAUGAUCGCAGAUACACCACAUGUGAUGUGCCGAAGGAGAAUCUCCCCCGAGCAGAGAGCCUGAAAGAAGUUCUGGACAGGCUGCUGCCAUAUUGGAACAGCACCGUGGUCCCAGAGAUACAGAAAGGCAAAACUGUGCUGAUUUCAGCUCAUGGAAACAGCUGCAGGGCCCUCCUCAAACACUUGGAAGGUAUUUCAGAUGAGGAGAUCGCCAAAGUGACUUUACCAACGGGGAUACCUGGGCUACUCGAGCUGGACGGGAACCUCAAACCGGUGAAACCUCGACAGCUGCUGGGAGACCAGGCUAAGAUUCAGGCAGCCAUUAAAAAGGUGGAGGACCAGGGCAAAGCCAAACAAGCAACUUGACUACAUGCACACUGUUCUCCCCACCUGUUUGCUGGAUUAUUACAUCCAGUGUAACCCAAAGUCUUAAGCAGAUUUGAUUUGUUUUGCAUAACGAGAGCCAAUAACAACAAUUGCAGUAGUUAGAUUUUUAAACAAUAGGUCGAAAUGUUUCAGAUACAAUACAACAUAUGGGAGUUUUGGCUUCAGCAGGAUAUAGUCUCUAAACACUGGAGAUCUGGCAGAUCAGGAAAAACAAGUACUCCGUGUUUUAGGAGGCUGUUGUACUGUGUUUUGUGUGUAAAUGUUGAGGAAAACACUGUUCUUUGUCUAAUAUGCGUUUAACCAUAUUAUUUAUUUACUCAUAACAGCAAUUUGCAGAAGCUAAUAAAGCUAAAAAACACAAACCAUAAAGCUGUUAUUAGUCAUUUUAAAAUGUUUUCCUGUUACAUUAGG